CAGCACGGCGAUUGACAGUGGAUCACCGAUCAACGGAAAGAGCUGAAGACGUAGCCUCGGUCAUGUGAUCAGCUGUGUCUAAUCACAGCUGAUCGCAUGGGACAUGUACACUGAUCAUCAGGGCACUGAUAAUCAGUGUACCCCGAUGAUCAUUGUAGCCACAGCAGUGCCACUUGUCAGUGUCCAUCAAUGCCAGCUGUCAGGGCUCAUCAAUGCCACAUGUUAAUGCCUACCAGUGCACAUCAAUGCCACAUAUCAGUGCUCAUCUGAGCUGCCUUUCAGUGCCACCUAUCAGUGCCGGUCAGUGCCAUCUAUCAAUGCCAGUCAGUACCACCUAUCAGUGCUGCCUAUCAGUGCCAGUCAGUGCCGCCUAUCAGUGCACGUCAGUG